AUUUUAUUAAAAAUGAGUAAAGAUGUCAAAGAUUUAGAGGAUGAGCUUCUAGGAGAAAAUGAAUAUGAGAGAGAAAUUAGAGCAAAAUAUGAUAAUAGAUUAUAUACCAGUAAUUACCUUCAGAAUAAGACACAAACCAAAAAGGCAUCUUUUGGGCUUCCAACAUUCAGCUCCUCAAAUGAAAGCUCAAUCCAGAAGGAUGUUUUGAAGAUGUACCUUAACAGACUUUGAUGAUUCCUACUUCCUAUCGGAGUGACAGGGCUAAGUGCCACUUUCACUUAUCCAAUAGCAGUAAGAUUGGUAAAGUCUUUAUUCAAAAUUAGAGACUUUUAUGCAAUUCACUUAGCAAUCUCUCCAAUAAUGGUGUUUAUAAACAUAAAUGUGUUUGGAACUCUUCGAGGAAUAAUGAACGUUAAAAUAAAAGAAGCUGAAUAUGAGGAAUAUAAGCAAGAAGUUCAGCAAUACAAAGAUCAGAAUAAAGACCACCUUAUUGAUCACUUUGGAAAGACAUAUAAUCAGAUAAGGGAUAAAUAUUUAGAAAAAGAGUAUGUAGACACUUAUCAAUAUAACAAAAUCAAUCCCCUGAAUCUUGGAAAAGAAGUGCAUACAAAUAAGAAAUAUAAGAAAGCAGAUUUUUCUUUUGAAUAUGACCAAGAUAGAGUUUAAGAUUUAUUGCAUGAUUUAUUAUUUACAGCCACGAAAUUCA